CAAACCAUCCAAAAUUGUUGAACAGAUCUUUCUUUUAUCAAGCCACCCAAAAAUAUAAAUGUAAAAUUACAAAUUUAUAUGUGUAAAUAUUUACAUAUAUACAUGUAUGUGUACAUAUGUAUGGCAAGGGGGUUAAGGAACACUGGAUGAGGUUUUUCAUUUUGUGAAAAUUCUGGUCAUUUGGAAACUGAGCUAUGCUUUGUAGUAUUGAGUUUCAAGAAAAGUGCAGCCCUGUUUUAUUAAACAAAUAAAUAAUGUGAAUUUUAAAAAAUAUAUAAAUUUCUGAGUCUUUCAAGCCAAGAAGCACCUAACACUCCUUAUAUAUUCCUCUUUAGUACCAACUCAUCCUCACCUCACAGUUUUCUUUUCAAUCACUCUAAUCCCACUUUCUUGCCUAUCUCUUGUUUGUGUUUUUGCCCCAGUGAAACCGACAGCUUCUAAUAGCCAACAAUGGUGGUCAAGAAGCCAAGAAUUGUAAUUGUUGGUGCUGGAGUGGCUGGCCUUACAGCUGCCAACAAGCUCUACACCACACAGGGCUCGAGCGAAUUGUUCGAGCUGUGUGUGGUGGAAGGAGGGACUAGAAUUGGUGGGAGAAUCAACACAUCAGAGUUCGGCGGAGACCGGAUUGAGAUGGGUGCUACAUGGAUUCAUGGCAUUGGAGGCAGCCCAAUUCACAAGAUUGCUCAAGAAAUCAACUCACUUGACUCUGAUCAGCCUUGGGAGCGCAUGGAUGGUUUCUUGGAUGACCCUUUGACUGUUGCUGAAGGUGGUUAUGAACUCAACCCUUCUCUUGUCAAGCCUGUCACCAAUUUUUUUAACAAACUAAUGGAAUUUGCUCAAGGGAAGGUGAUUGAAGAUGGGUUGAGUAAAGAAGAAAUUGGGCAUUUUAAACUAGCUUCAAAAGGUUUUGAUUUCAUUUCAAGAAUUGGUGAUCCUGGAAAGCUCAGUAUUGGUGCUUUUCUUCGACAAGGCCUUCAAACAUUCUGGGAUUCAUUGGAAGGUCAAGAGGAGCUCAAAGGGUAUGGGGGUAAUUGGAGUCGCAAAUCUCUCCAGGAAGCGAUUUUCACAAUCCAGGAGAACAUCCAGAGGACUUAUACUUCAGCUGGUGAUCUAAUGACACUUGAUUUCAAUGCCGAGAGUGAGUACCGGAUGUUUCCAGACGAAGAGAUCACCAUUGCCAAGGGCUAUAUGAGCAUAAUUGAGUUCAUAGCUUCUGUUUUGCCUCCUGGUUCGAUCCAAUUAUGCCGAAAGGUCACCAAGAUUGAAUGGCAGCCUGAAAAUUACCGGGUUUUGGAGAGUGAAACCGGUGAUUUUAGGCCUGUGAAGCUACAUUUCUCCGAUGGAUCGGUCAUGUUGGCCGAUCAUGUCAUUGUCACAGUCUCAUUAGGGGUUCUCAAAGCCAGAAUCUGUGAAGGUUCUGGUUUUUUUGAUCCACCACUUCCACAUUUCAAAACCGAGGCAAUUUCAAGGCUCGGGUAUGGUCUUGUUAACAAGCUGUUCUUGCAAUUGAGUCCAACCCAUGAUAGGGAAAGUGAUGAUCUCAACAAGUUUCCAUUCUUGCAAAUGGCUUUUCAGCGGUCAGACUCCGAAUUCAGGCACCCGAAAAUUCCAUGGUGGAUGAGGAGGACAGCCUCUCUAUCCCCAAUCUAUGGCAAGUCUAGGGUCCUGCUAGGUUGGUUUGCCGGCAAAGAAGCUCUUGCACUUGAGUCUCUUGAUGAUGAAGAGAUUGUUACCGGGGUUUCGACAACAAUCUCUAGCUUUCUAUCAAGUUCACACCACAAAGUGAAUUCUAAUUCUCAUGAAUUGAGCAAUGGGAAGGUGAGUUCUGUGGAUAGCUCCAAUGGAGGAGAGUUAAAAUUCAGCAAGGUUUUGAAGACCCAAUGGGGCACUGAUCCACUGUUCUUGGGAUCUUAUAGCUAUGUUGCUGUCGGAUCUAGCGGGGAAGAUUUGGACACCAUGGCUGUGCCAUUGCCCAAGAAUUGCAGCAAUGGAUCUUGUUCUUCUCCUCCACUUCAAAUCCUGUUUGCAGGGGAAGCAACACAUAGAACCCAUUAUUCUACUACCCAUGGUGCCUAUUUUAGUGGUCUGAGAGAAGCCAAUCGGCUUCUUCAACAUUAUCACUGCAAUGGGGUAUGAGAGUUUUUUUCAAAAAGAGCGGCUUGGCCUAACAGUGAGGUCUUGCCGUUAGCGUUCUUUGGUGGCACAAGUUCAAGUCACAGAAAAAUGGAGGGCGGCUUGGCCUAACAGUAAAGACUUGCUGUUAGUGUCUCUGGUGACACAAGUUUGAGUAAAAAAAUUGGAGAGUGGCUAGGCAUAACAAUAAGGCCCUUGCCGUUAUCGUCUCCGGUGACACAAGUUCAAGUCAUAGUAAAAAUAGAAGUAAGACUGCGUACAUUCUGUUCUCCUUAGACUCUACUUAGCGCAAAAGUAUUGUGGACUAGAUUGCUUUUUGUUUUUUGUUUUUUGUUUGUUUUUGGGAACAUCUCUCUCUUUAUCACUUUCUCACAUAAUCAUUUUAAAAUCUUUUCUAAAAUAUUUUCUCUCUUUGUAAUGUGAUUGGAGUGAGAGAAAAGAGAGAACCAAGGAGGGGGGAAAUGAAAGGGAGAGAUGGGGACAUUUUUAGGUGUAGUGAUGAAUUAGUUAAAGAAGCUUCUUUACAUUUUCUAUUGCUUUCACUUUGUUUCUUAAGUCUCUUGUGAGCUUAUUUUCUAUUUGAUGUUGUUGUCUUGAUCUUCAAAGCAAACCAGCUGUUGAGAUUAUAUGCUUGGCAUUGAAUAUUUGUAAAGAUAAAGUAGAGACGAAAGAAAGCUUUGGAUCUCAAUCA